AUGUCAUCCACCCAAGCCCCUGCCGUCAAGGAGAACGAGGAAUCCUCUACGGCGGCUGGCAGCCAGACCAAGCGGGUGAACAACCUCACCGAGGAGGAGAAAAAAGAGCUCUACACGCUCACGAAUGAGCAGCUCAAGGUCCGAUCCCGGCAGCUCCAGCAGGAUAUCCAGCAGCUCCGUGGGAUGGAACGCCGCACGAUGCAGAACCUCCAGGCCCUCAAGGCGGAGCUCGACGAAGGGAAAAAGCGGGUGCGGGAUAACAACCGCCUGCCGUACCUCGUCGCGACCGUCGCGGAGAUUCUGGACCUGAGCGACGACGACGACGACGGGCAGGAGCUCGGGGUUGGGCGCCGCAAGAACGACCGGCGGCAGAAGAGCGCGGUGAUUAAGACGUCGAAUCGCCACACCGUUUUCCUCCCGGUGGUCGGCCUCGUGGAUCCGGAGAAGCUCGCGCCGCAGGAUUUGGUUGGGGUGAACAAAGACACCUUCCUGAUUUUGGAUACCCUCCCGCCGGAGUACGACAGCCGCGUGAAGGCGAUGGAGAUCGAUGAGCGGCCGAAGGAGAAGUACACCGACGUGGGGGGGUUGGAUAAGCAAAUCAACGAGAUCAUCGAGGCCGUCGUGAUGCCGUUCACCCAUAAGGAGCAGUUUCAGAAAAUCGGGAUUCAGCCGCCGAAAGGGGUGCUGUUGUAUGGCUCGCCCGGGACGGGGAAGACGAUGCUCGCGCGCGCCUGCGCGGCGGCCACGGAUGCGUGUUUUCUCCGCCUCGCCGGCCCUCAGCUCGUGCAGAUGUACAUCGGGGAUGGCUCCCGGAUCGUCCGGGAUGCCUUCGCGAUGGCGAAAAAAAAAGCCCCGGCGAUCAUCUUCAUCGACGAGAUCGACGCCGUCGGGUCGAAACGAAGCGAUGAGGGGAAACACGGCAGCCGGGAGGUGCAGCGCACGAUGCUCGAGCUGCUCUCCCAGCUCGACGGUUUCGGCAGCAGCGACGACGUCAAGGUGAUCGCGGCGACGAAUCGCAUCGACGUGCUCGACCCUGCCCUGCUUCGGAGCGGGCGGUUAGACCGAAAGGUGGAGUUUCCCCUCCCGGAUGAGGAGGCGCGGGUGCGGAUUCUCGAAAUCCACUCCCGCCGCAUGACGCUCCAUAGCGAUGUCAACUUCGACGAGCUCUCGCGGUGCACGGAGGAUAUGAACGGCGCGCAGCUCAAGGCGGUCUGCGUGGAGGCGGGCAUGCUCGCCCUCUGCCAUGAUCGCGUGUAUGUUUCGCAUCAGGACUUCGUGGAGGGCAUCGCCGCCGUGCAGGCGCGGAAGAAGACAAAUUUGAAUUAUUACGCCUAA